UAAAAAAAAUUAGGUAAACAUUGAUAUCUGAUAAAUUUUGUUUAUUUUUUUAUUUUCACUUCAAUAUUCAAUCAAGCAAUUAAAUUAUUUAAAGUUUCUCGUUAAUUAAAAUAAAAUACACCUGUUGGACAUCGAAUUUAAAUACUCUUCUUAUCAUGGCUGCCAUUAGAAAAAAACUCGUCAUCGUCGGUGACGGUGCUUGUGGAAAAACUUGUCUGUUAAUUGUGUUUUCCAAAGAUCAAUUCCCAGAAGUAUAUGUACCCACCGUGUUUGAGAACUAUGUAGCUGAUAUAGAAGUCGAUGGCAAACAAGUAGAACUAGCACUGUGGGAUACAGCGGGUCAAGAAGAUUAUGACAGACUAAGACCAUUGUCCUAUCCUGACACGGAUGUUAUCCUCAUGUGCUUCUCCAUAGAUUCACCAGAUUCGUUAGAGAAUAUCCCAGAGAAAUGGACACCAGAGGUGAAACAUUUUUGUCCAAAUGUGCCGAUUAUAUUGGUCGGUAACAAAAAAGACUUGCGCAAUGAUCCAAACACAAUUCGUGAACUGAGCAAAAUGAAGCAAGAGCCUGUGAGGCCAGAAGAGGGGCGAGCAAUGGCCGAAAAGAUCAAUGCAUUUGCUUAUUUGGAAUGUUCAGCUAAAAGUAAGGAGGGUGUCCGUGAAGUAUUUGAAACUUCAACUAGAGCAGCUUUACAGGUUAAAAAGAAAAAGAAGGGACGAUGCCGUCUACUUUAAAUUAUUAGAAAUCAUACAUAAAAAUUAAUAACAUAAAUUGCCAUGGUUUUAUUUUUAAUUUAAGUUCUAUUCUCGCGUUUCAGUCUUCCGGGUUUUAGCCAAGCAUAAUAUAUUUCAAUGAAAUUUUUUUUUCAUAGAAAGGGGAUAAGGUUACUUAAUUGUCAAUUUCAAUUCUCAUCUAUAAAUAUUGUUUUUCUUUUUGUUAAGAUAUUUAUAUAUAUAUAUAUAUAUAUAUUUUUUUUUUUACAGCUCCUCUGACCUAUAAUAUACCAUUAAAAUAACUCCCUUAUGACUGUGCUAGCCUUUAAUGGUUACCAAAAUUAAACACCAAAUAUUAAUUAUUGAAAUAACUCAAAAUGAAAUAUUAGUUUUACAAUCAAUAAUCAUUAAUCAUAUUAUCUUGCAUAGAAAUUCAAUUUUUGUAGUAUUAGAUUAUAUUAUAUGAUCCAAAAUAAAUUGUAUUAAUGAUAUGUUUGACCGACCUUAGGUGUUCCUUAUUCUAAUCACAUCUUUAAUAUUUUUACAUCCAUUGUACUAGUUUGGAAAAGAAAGAGCUUUUUUAUAGGCAGGAUUUAACCAUAAGGCAGUGUGACAUAAUUUAACCAUUAACACUAAUAUGUGAAUACUGAAUAUAUCAUUGGUUAUCUUAAAAAUAAAAUUUCAGUAUUACCUGUUGUAUUUCAUCAGUACUUUUUUUUUAUAUACAUUUACUGCCUUUUUAUGUAAAUUAAAAAAUAUAUUUCUUUAUAAAUAUGAUAUUAAUACAUAUCAAAAAAGGCUUAAGAAAAUGUAGUUCAGUAGUUAUAAUCACCAUGCUUCUUAAGAAUUUCUUUAAUUUGUUUUAUACAUUUCAAAAUAUGUUCUGAUAAUAAAUAUUAUAUUAAAUUAAUCUUCAGUUAUAAUUUUAUAUUGUCUAUUGUAUCUGUUUUAUAUUAUCUUACUUUUGAAAUGUGGUAUUUAUUGAGUAAAUUAGGUCAUUUUUCUUAAACUGUAUAAAUUACAUUUUCAAUAAGUUAAGUUUUUAAUCAGCUAAAUGCUGCACUGAAAUAGUGUAAUAUAAAAUUAAAUAUAAAUUAUUUACAUUGCUUAAAAAAACGCACUUUUUUAUCCUAUUUACUAUUUAGUAAAUGUGUAGAAUAUAUUUAGUUAGAAAAUGUCUGAUCAAAUUUACUAUACAAUUUAAUAAUAUUUGCAGUUGGAAUUACUAUGGUAAAAAACCAAUUUUGUUUUUAGUUAUCCUAUUUAUAGGAUGGAAAUUUAUAAAAUAAUUUUGUAUAGCUUAUUCCCAAAUUUUGAGUUUUUACAAUAUAUUUAUUUUUAUAUGAUUAUUGUUCUAUAUAUAAUGUAUUGAGUUUUUGAAAAUAUUUAUGUUAGUAUUAUGUCAUAGCUUGACAAUUAUAUUUAGCACAAACUUAACCAAUGGCAGAUUCUAGCACAAUACAUAUAUUUUGAUAUCAUUAUUAUUAUUAUUAUUAUUAUUUUUUUUUUUGAUACAUUAACAUUUAGUUAUUAUAACAUGAUGUUGUUUACUUGAUAUUACCUAAUAAAUAUAUUAAAGAAAGAAAUUAGCGAACGAUAUAAAAAUCAUUUUAUUUUUUAAUAGCUAUAAUUGCUUUUAGUGGUAUGUUAUUUAUUAUUUUAUUUUUUACUUUUUAUUAAAGCAUAAUAUACAUUUUUUUAUUUAUUAUUAUUUUUUUUAUUUAAAUUAAAAAAUGAUUUUCUAAACAUUUUUUUUUUUUGUGUAUUUUGAUCAAAUAAAUAUGCAUUUAUUUUGUAAAUUAACGAAAGCUUAUGUUAUAACUCAAUUUAUUUUUAUGGUUUAAAAUUUCAUUUAUAUACAAAUUAUACAUUUAAACUACUACGAAUAGCUUAUAAAUAUUGUACUUGUUUACUUAUUAAUUAUUAUUAUUAUUUUUUAUACUCUCAAUAAAAUGUCAUUUUUGACAAUGAAGUCUAUUUUGUUGUUACAAAACUGUUUAGCGCUUUUGUUAACUACCUGUCUACCUAAUAUCUUCGAAAAUAAAUAUUUAAUCAUUUAAA